UUAUCCAAUAAGAUUUCCUUUUUCGAAGCAGACGACCAUUGUGCAACAAAUGGCGGGAGAUUGGCUCCUUUCGUAGAUAGUAUGCAGUAUACGAUGAUUGAAAAUAUGCGUCCUACAAGAACACCAGAUACUUUUCUAGGAGUUAUCGAUAUUGGGAAAGAAAAUGUUUGGACACAACUAGAUGGCACAGUUAUUGAUAGUUCGUUCACAGACACAUUCGAUACAAACAAUAACCAACCAAAUGGAGGAAAUGAUCAAAAUUGCAUUGUUAUUGACCAGGAGCCACAUAGUUACUUCAAACCAGACAAAACACAAGACAAAUCCUGCUUUUCAGACUACAAGACGAAGGCCAUGCUCUGCUACAUGGACGCAAGAGAAUUUUGCUUUCACUGGGCUUCCAUUGAAGACCACAUAAACAGAAAUCACUGUUACUGGCUAACUACGAAGCCUCGAUCCACAUCGCGAUGGAGCGCCAUGGACGCCUUCUAUCAGUGUACCCUGGAGGGUGGUAGUCUGGCCCCUGCCAUAGACCAAGAACAAAUGACCUUUAUCAAACAAACGCUGACCUCUAUUUUUGGAUCCGCCAGUGUCACAAACACAGGGGUGUGGAUGGGGUCGAACACAAUUCGGGGUGAGGAGCGGAACUGGAACAAUGAACCCAACUUCCUGUCAUCCUCAAUAGGAAGUACGACUCCGGAGAAGUGUAUGCGCCUUAGUAAGGACACACUGACAACGGGUUACGUCAACUGUCGACAAGACUCGACUAAUGUCCGAGGGGCUCUCUGUUUUCGAAGUGUAACAGGAAUUCCUGUGGCUGCAUUAACAGAAAGCUCAGUUGUCACAACAGAGAUAACAACAGUAACCACAACAGAUACGACAACAGUUACAACACCACCUGAACCCACGACAACAUCUGUACUUCCGCUGUGUGGGCAAACAACCAAACACACAAAUACUUCCGGGGUCUUCAACUUUACGUCUGUAGAGACAAUCAAGUUGGACCUCGCUGUGGAUCCUAAAAACACAACCGCUUACAAGUCAACACUGAGGUGUGCAGAAGAUAACAGAGCCACGUCACAGUACCUAGGAUACACGGGGGCAGCAGUGAUUUCUAUUAUCUGUUUAACUAUAAUUCUAAUAGACUGUGAUCGAAAAUAUUGCUCACGGAAACAAUUACAGAAGGGGCAUAGAGAAACAUCAAAGAAUGUAUCAACGAAACGUGUUCUCUGAUCAUUUUCUGAAACU